AUGUCCGAGCAUCAUGGCUCAAGCUCUCCUGAAGAGACGUGGAGCGAGCACGAGUCUGCGUCCAUCACCUCCUUGGACGAUGGCGACCGCGUUGCUCCAGCCUACCCACACCUGAAAGAAGCGUCACCAGCGUCACCAGCGUCACUGCCAUCACGGCCACUGCCAUUACCAGAGCCACUACCAUCACCACGGCCACUACCAUCACCACGGCCACUACCAUCACCACGGCCACUACCAUCACCACGGCCACUACCAUCACCACGGCCACUACCAUCACCACGGCCACUACCAUCACCACAGCCACCACAGCCACCACAGCCACUGCCGUCACUGCACAAGCACGUCUCGCCCAUCUUCGACUUCGCGCUGCUGUCGGCGUGCAGCGGCCAAGGGAGGGCUGUCAGCAUGUGUCAGUACGGGCGGCCCAUGAUGUCGCAGGACACGGCAGGCAGCGCAAAGCGCACAAUGGGCUUACGAGGACUGCCGACCAGCCAUGAAAGGAGCACGUCCGAGUCAAGCGCAGUGGACAGGGACCGCCACAGGGACGGCGACGGGGAGGGCGACGGGGACAGCGACAGGGACAGCCGUGCGCCGGCGCUGUCGCAUCGCAUGAAGCACGACAAGUCGAUUCUCGCCCUGGCCGUGUCGGCGCAGUACAUCUUCGCAGGCACGCAGGGGGGCGAGAUACUGGUCUACAGCCUCGACACGUACGAGCGCCGGCGCGUCAUCCACGCCCACAGGGGCAGCGUGCUCGGCCUGUGUCUGUCGCACGACCAGCAGCUGCUCUUCUCGAGCGCCACCGACCCCAUUGUCAACGUCUGGUGCACCUCGGACUUCCGCCAUCUCUACGCCCUCUGGUCGCCCUACGACAUCGGCGACAUCUUCUGCGUCGCCUACUCGUCCCUCCACCGCACCGUCUACCUCGGCGCCCAGAACACGAGCAUACAGUGGUACGACCUCAAGGAGAAGGACACCCGCCCACGGCCCACCACCGCCUCGCACCCCUCGCAGCGCAAGAACAGGUUCUUCGACUCCCUCGGCCCCGGCGGCGCCCAGACACCCAAGCCCGUCGGCGCAGACGCCAGGCCACGCGACGCUGUAGGCGGCCAGGAGCUGCAGAUUGACAGCCAGGACAUCCGCCAGUUCGCCCACUAUGGCUACGUGCAUUGCAUGCUGCUCGGCAAGGGCAUACUGCCAGAGGCGCCGUCUGAACAAGUCCUGGUCUCGGGGGGCGGCGACGGGCGCAUCCUGCUCUGGCGAAUCGACCCGGCGCGAGGCGGCCUCCUCUCCAACAUCUGCGCGCUAGAAGACGGCAGAGAAGAGGGCGAGUCGAUACUGUCGCUCGCCCGCGAGGGCUCCUUCCUCUACAGCGGCCGCUUCGACGGCGAGGUCAACGUCUGGGAUCUCGAGACACGCCAGCUGGUCAGGAGCUUAAAGGCGAACACGGGAGACGUCCACACCUUGACACUGGGCGCGGGCGUGCUGUUCGCCGGCGGCAAGUCUGGCGUGGUGCACAAGUUCAACGAGCACUACGAGACCAUGUCGACAUUCAAGGCCCACACCGGAUUGAUCCUUGCGUCUGCAUACACCACCUACAACGACAAGCCAACGCUGGUCACCGGUGGCAACGACAACACCAUCGUCAUCUGGGAGGUGCGGGACUGUGCAGAGCCCGCAGCCGCUGCAAAGCGAAGCAACAACGAUCUCAUGGUCGAAUCUCUCAGUCAGUUCGUCAACUUCCGCACCGUCUCGUCGCUGCCCAAGUACCGUGCAGAUUGCCGGAGGGGUGCUUCCUACCUGCGCUCCGUGUUCCAGAACUUCGGUGCCGUCACGGAGAUGAUCAACACAAGCGAGCCGUACAACCCUAUCGUGUUUGCAAAGUUCAGAGGCAACCCUGCAACAGCGGCAUCGCGCAAGAAGAUCCUCUUCUACGGACACUACGAUGUCAUACCUGCGGAGAACGAGCACGGCAAGUGGAAGCACGAUCCCUUUGCACUCACCGGCGAGGGCGGCUAUCUGUACGGGCGAGGCGUCUCUGACAACAAGGGACCCCUCAUGGCUGCCAUCUACGCCGCGCAUGAGCUGGCCAACGAGCAGAGUCUAGAUGCUGACAUCAUCUUCCUCAUCGAGGGCGAGGAAGAGAGCGGCUCCCGCGGAUUUGAGAAGGCGGUGCAAGCGAGGAAAGAUCUGAUUGGCGACGUCGACUGGAUUCUGUUGGCCAACAGCUACUGGCUCGACGACCACGUCCCCUGCAUCACCUACGGCUUGCGAGGCGUCAUCCACGCCACAGUCCAAGUCGAGAGCGAGCACCCGGAUCUGCACAGCGGAGUCGACGGCAGCGCGCUACUCGAUGAGCCGCUCAAGGAUCUCGUUAUGCUGCUGUCCAAGCUGACGGCUCGCCACGGCAAAGUCCAAAUCCCCGGCUUCUACGACCCCAUCUUGCCUCUAGCGGAAGGCGAGAAGGAGCUCUACACCGAGAUCACACAAACGCUUCUUCGCAGCAAUCCCGACCUCGGCGACCCAGAGGAACUGGCGCAGUCGCUGAUGCGCAGAUGGCGCGAAGCCUCCCUCACAAUCCAUCGUUUCCAGACUUCCGGUCCUGAAAACUCCACCAUCAUCCCCCGCUUGGCAAAAGCAGCGCUCUCUAUGCGUCUUGUGCCCAACCAAGAAGCCUCCGAAGUAGCAUCGGCGCUCCAGUCCUUCCUUGCUGAUGAAUUCAAAGGCCUAGACAGCAAGAACAGGCUGUCCGUGACUAUCGACCACCAAGCAGAGCCGUGGCUUGGCGACUACACGAACGAGAUCUUCCAGACCCUGGAGCGAGCCAUCACCGACGUCUGGGCAACGACUCUCACCCCGCGCCGUCCAUCGACCGCAAACGGGCUUACCCAGCACUCCCCCCUCAUCCCUACGAAAUCGUCGCCCGCGACCAGCAACACGCUGGCCAACGGCUCGGACUCGGACCUCUCGCAGCCCGAGUCGUCGCCCACCAAGAUCAAACCCCUGUUCAUCAGAGAGGGUGGUAGCAUCCCCAGCAUCCGCUUCCUCGAGAAGGAAUUCAGCGCCCCCGCAGCACAGCUACCGUGCGGCCAGGCGAGCGACAGCGCGCACUUGGACAACGAGCGGCUGCGGCUGGUCAACUUGUUCAACAGCAAGAAGAUCUUCAAGCGCGUCUUCUGGGAGCUGCCGCGGAAAUAA